UCCCAAGUCUUAUAACUCUUCAUUUAUAUCCUGAGUCUUAUAACCUGUCAUUUAUAUCCUGAGUCUUAUAACCUGUCAUUUAUAUCCCAAGUCUUAUAACCCAUCAUUUAUAUUCCAAGUGUUGUAACUCGUCAUUUAUAUCUUGAGUCUUAUAACCCAUCAUUUAUAUCUUGAGUCUUAUAACUCGUCAUUUAUAUCCCAAGUCUUAUAACACUUCAUUUAUAUCUUGAGUCUUAUAACCUGUCAUUUAUAUCCCAAGUCUUAUAACCCAUCAUUUAUAUCCCAAGUCUUAUAACUCGUCAUUUAUAUCCUGAGUCUUAUAACCUGUCAUUUAUAUCCUGAGUCUUAAAACCUGUCAUUUAUGUCUUGAGUCUUAUAACCUGUCAUUUAUAUCCCAAGUCUUAUAACUCGUCAUUUAUAUCCCAAGUCUUAUAACUCUUCAUUUAUAUCCCAAGUCUUAUAACUCUUCAUUUAUAUCCUGAGUCUUAUAACCUGUCAUUUAUAUCUUGAGUCUUAUAACUCGUCAUUUAUAUCCCAAGUCUUAUAACUCGUCAUUUAUAUCCCAAGUCUUAUAACCUGUCAUUUAUAUCCUGAGUCUUAUAACCUGGCAUUUAUAUCCCAAGUCUUAUAACCUGUCAUUUAUAUCCCGAGUUUUGUAACAUGUCAUUUAUAUCCUGAGUCAUAUCACCCAUCAGUUAAUCAAGUUUCAUUAUGUUAAACCGCAUCUUGCUAAAUUAUGUACAGUGCGUCAUCAUUUCAACUUUAUCAUACAUGUAUACUUGGUAAUGAUUAUGCAGAUUCUACACUGCGUGAUACGGGUGACGUUACAAUACCAACGACCGGUCCGAAAAUCCAUAUCACAUAUCAAACCGGUGUGCAAAAAUGCAUAUCAAGCCGGAAAUUACGUAUUCGCUCGUAAUGACCAGUGUAUCAAAGUUUUUACCUUAGUAAAUCAAUGUAUCUAGGUGUUUACUGUAGAAAAACAAUAAAUCAAAAGUAUUUACCUUACCCGUAGUUAGCUAAUGUACAGUUAUGUAUGUAUCAAAUUAAGGUUUUACUGUUGUCAAUCAAGUUUUUACCAUUAUAGUAAGUCAAAGUUUUUACCAUAGUAAAUCAAAGUAGGCAAUGUGUCAGCUACAUUGUAUUUCUUGAUAUAUCUUUAAAGUGCAAUAUAUUGACCUGCAUGUGACAAAAAGAACAGUACCAUCAUGUAAAAUCAACCCUCUAACCCUAUAUCAGAUUACCACCACAUCCCCCCCCCAAACAAUAUUUAUCAAUAAGUAUAAAAAAGUGCAGUAUAUGAUAAAUAAAUUAUUGCAUGCUUAAAUCCAUAUCAUGUGUCAUAUCAGCCCUUGGGCUCCAUAUCAAUCAACCCUCGGGCCUUCGGUGGUCGGGCUGAUAUGGGGCCACUCGGGCUGCUAUGACAUACGAUAUGGAUUUUAGCAUGUAAUAUUUUCUAUGUAUCAGAUAUUUUAAAAAUGUUGUCAAUGAAUAAUUUCCCACUGUACUUGAUUAUUUUGGAUAAUUUCAACGAUUUUUUAGUCUCAAAGUUUCAUGCUGUUUUAAUAAUUUAAACCAUGUGACAACUUUGAUUUGGUGAUUUCUGAAGAGAUAAUUAGUAUAAAAUGUAUUAAUUCAACAGGUGGCAUUUCCCGUUACUUAGUAAUCUAGCCAGUAACACGAUCUUGAACUUUGGAAAGCAAUUAAAUAAUUUCUUUAAUUUGCCGUGUGUUUCUACAAAGAAUAUUUAAGAGCUGAAUGCCUCUUUAAAUUCAUUUCUUUUUGAAGUGCUCUUUUUCUAUCUCUCUGCUGUGUGUAAAACGACACGUGCAUUAGAAAAUGUCCCAUGCGUUAUGAAAUACACGUUAAUCGCCUUGAAUCGAUUGAAAUCAACCCGUUAGAAACUAUUGUUACUUUGUACAUAUAUAAAAUGCUCCGUUUUAUUUUUGAAAGCAUAUUGACCGUUAUCUCUUUGGCGGUGGUAGUGUGUCGCCCCUAAACAAGUCUCGGAAACACCAAUCUUUCCUACUGAAAGGGUUAAUGACAUAAACUCGUGUUCUGUAGCGGCGUUUGGGGUACUGCCUUGAUACGGCGUACCACAGAACAACAUGACCUCUGUUAAACCACACAUAUUAAUUCUUAGUACGAGACGUUUUAUCGAAUAUGUUGCGUAAUAAAUGCAAUUCACCAAUAGAUAAGUUAGAUUUAUUCAGACCAAUUGCAUUGUAAAAUCAUAGCAUGAAAUUGUUGAACGAAGCCGAAAAUGUGUUUAAAUACUGAAGUUAUAUGGAAACUUUACAUAUCAAACAUUAAACAAUUAUAGAAAAGGUGAAGUGCAUAGAGGACAUAUAUGGAGGAAAUGUUUCAUGAAAAUAUCUAAUAAAUCUUUAAGUAGACCGGUUACAAGCAAGCUAGAAAUUAAGUUGCGCAUUUCAAUCAAUAUUUCCUUUGAAGUUUCGCCGUGAUGUUUACAUUCCUGGCAGUAACAACAAACGUCACUAGCAACUUUAAAAUGAAAAGAAACUCGAAGGUCGCUUGGAAAAUUUUCAGCUCUGUAAUAAUCUGUGUUAGAAAUUAUUCUUCUGUACAUGUACAUGCGGAAAGUUCCUAAAUGAAACAUUGUUUCAUUGGUCUAAUAGAAUAUAAAGAUUAAUAAUAGCUUUGUUUCGUUUUCUUUGCAUGUGAAAAUUUACUGCAUAAGAAAAAAAGAAGAAAAAAAAAGACGGACUUUUAAAAUUAUCUUUAUCUGCUAAUGAUUUCUGAAAGCUUUCAUUUUAACGUUCCUAAUGUAAUGAAACCAAAGUAUAUAAACACACAGGAUUACCGAACUGAACCGAUCCCAAAAUAUCUCUAUGAUACGACCGUGCAGGCAUUAAAACUACGAUUAUCAAUGUUGUUUACCUGCGGAGAUUCUAGAAAGAAAAAAAAAAUCAAUCGAUGGAUCCUUGGUUAAAGAUGCAUCAAGCGUUAAAGUUCUGAAAUAUUUACAUUUAAAUUAAAGACCCCGGGUCUUAUUCAAGACUAUAUGCACAUAUAUAUUGAAAAAGUUAUUCAAAAUAUUUGCAUACAACGAUUUUUAAAUAAAUUCAGUUGGCAAAAUUCCCCCAAGUGUUGAAAAGACGGCAAACUGAAAAGAGCCUUACACUCAACGGAAUAAAUGUUCUAGUAGAUAAAACUUGAACCAUACAUCAAUUUAUAAAACAGUACAUUAUUGUAAGCCGCCAUUCGAUAACAGAUAUUUAACAUUCGUCACAAUCCAUCGGUUUUAAAAACUUAAGAUGUAUGCUGAAUGAGCAGGGAGGAUAGCAGCGUUCAGUAGGGUCUGCGUUGUUAAGGGUUGCCGCUCGGAACAAUGGUGAUUUAGCACAAACAAUGCAACUCCGAUCUUGUUUCAUCUCCUAUCUUCAUUGAACAAAGAACUUCAUCACGAUACGGUUGAUAAUCUAAUCGUUUUAUUUAUGCACCGAUUGUGUUCAAAGUUUUCAUAGAGUCCACGUCUACUUUUGCAAAGGAAUGGUUCGUUAGAAGACUUUUAUUUUGAAGUAUGGACUGGUAUUCCAUGUAAAAAAAUAUAUACUAAAGGAUGGAUGAAGACGUGAUUUUACGAAGAAAACUUACAUUCAGAGUGAAUCGUAAUUCCAUGAGAUUUUCGGAUUUAAACUACUGAACAAAUUACUGAACGGAUUCAGGGAAAAUCUGAUCAGAAUGGAAGGUGGUGAGCUGGCCCUGAGUGUUUAUGACUUGUAUCCCACCAACGUGAAUUCCAGCGGACCCAUCACUAGCUUUAUUCUAGAGGGAACUAAACUAAAAGUACCGGAGUUUCGUCAUAUGUCCUACACCAAUAGGACACGAACGUCCGUGGAUGAUGGAGAGUUUAAUAUUAACCCAGAGCCGGUGCCUUACCAACCUCAGAAUUUUAUACAGCCCCAACUGCCCCGCAUAGGGACGGAGUCUUCCACAUUACUUAAGAAGGUUCCUAUACCAAAACGUCAUUUAGAUUCCUUUGGAGGCUAUGAAUAUUCAUUAGGUUCUAAACGCGGGGUGAUCCUACACACAGAUCGCUACCAGAGAGACGGUGCUCUUGUGUGGGAUGCUCCAAAGUCCUUCGAGGGCAUGAGCCAGAGGGACAGACUAAAGGCAGAGUUAGAGUACAUGGAAAGGUUGCGAGGGAUCAAAAGACGGCGGGAAAUGUUACCUCACCGAGCACAGCUGGACCUGCUAAUGGGAGGAAAGAAAGUGGAAUUCUCAGAGAGAUUUGACAUACAGAGGGAAAUUCAGAAAUUGAAGUCCCUGAUUAUGCCCAAAAACGCGAGAGAUUUAUUUCAUGGAAGAGGUUUUCAGUUGCCAGAUCAGCAUUCCUCACUGAGGCCGCGUCAACCUCCAAUUCUGGACUAUGACAGCGACGAAGAUACCUCGGUACCAUCUAGUCACCGUCUAGGCAAACAGGUCAUUGACCCAGAUACUGGGUUACCGAAACCGAGACUGAAGCCAAACGCUGGUCAGCUUCCCAGAAUAGUAAACAGGAAUGUUAUAGGUUCUACUGAAUCACCUCUUCUUCUAGCCAGAGAAAAGCGCACUGUAGAUCAAAUUAAGGCUAGAAUUAGCAUUCCCGCAGAGCUACAGAGAGGCCGGAGGCCGAUAUCUAUAAAAACACACGAUAUGGCGCAGGAGGCACCCCGAUUCUCGGAGGACGGUCCGUGGGGCACCCAUGAACUCUUUGCUCGCCAAGGUCGAAAAUAUGGUAUGAGUCCUGCACAUUUGAAGCGGUCAAGAACUAACAUCCAAUCAAAGAUAGACUCCGUGGUAAAUAGAAGUGCUACCUUACCUGAAACCACGAAUAGUCAGCUCAACCUUACCACGAAAAAUGACGCCGUGAAAAGAGUGGAGAUUCCUUCUGCUGUUCAUCCAAAAUCACGUGGUACGGAGAAAGCGGAACCGAUGUUAAAUUACGGGAAAAAUCCACUUGACAUUGACAACUUGAAAGAAAACUUACCGGAGCAGGACGUGGCUGAUCUGGAGAGAAUAGAAUCCCGGCUUUCGGGAAGGUCUAAACUUGCAGACAGUCCAAUGAAGGCAGCCACACCAAAUCCUCUUAAAGGAAGUGAACUCUCUCGCUUACUGCCAGAAGAGCAGAAAGAUGAGCUCAAGAAAGCAUUUCACAAACUGGACACUGAUGCAGACGGUCAUUUGAUGUACCAGCAAUUGAAAUCCCAACUUCCUCCACAGAUGACGUCCCAACAAGAGAGGUUCUUGAAACAGGUGUAUGACAUCACAAGUUCAAGCACAUUUUUUGGAGUAGAUGAAUUUAUGACUAUGUCAACACUGACCAAAAAAGUACAGAAUCUCAGAGACGAAGCAGCAGACAGCUUCAACAGCCUCGAUUUCUCCUUGUUACAUAACAACAUUAUCAAAUACGUGGAUCUGUUCCAGUCUGUGGACCGAAAUCAGCGCGGGAAAAUUUCUCUGGACUCACUUCAAGAGGUCCUGUCGACAGCGCUGGAGGCCGAUCUGUCAGCAGACGACAAACUCUGGAGCAAAACUCUUGACAUCGUAGACCCUGAUGAAGGCGGGAAAAUUACCAAGAUCGAAUAUUUAGCACAUAUACCAUACUUUCUGACUUUAAAACUAAACCCCGAACCAGGGUCUGUGCCGAAUGCUGGGAGAUUCCAAUGACCCCUGUAGCCUCACCUGUACUUGUAUAACGCAACGAAUAUCAGCUGUAGAUUUCCUUUCCAAUGAAAUAAACAAGUAUUCAUCACGUAAAGCCAAUCUGUGAUACUGAAAUAAACAAGUAUUCAUCACGUAAAGCCAAUCUGUGAUACUGGAACAAACGUGCGUCCAAUGAAUGUUUUUGUUGUAUAUGUGCUUAUACAUGUAUCUACAUUUGAUUUGUUGAUGACAAAUCUACAACGUGUGCAUUAUACAUGCAUCUUCAUACUUAAAAUGUAAUGCCAAUCCAUUGUACAUGUGAUGUCUCGGUAGAUGUAACGUUCAGGUCAUUUUAACGCGUAAGAAUUUAAAAAAUUGCAAAUUCAAGUAAUGACUGUCCAGCAAUUUGGAUGUAUGAGGAUGGGAUAUAGAUUUGUACAUUAAAGCACAUGAUUAUUUUUGCUAAUCACGUGUUCUAUUACAUACAUCAUUUCACAUACCCUGAACCUAGACACAUUAUUGAGUGAAGUACCUUGUACAUAAACAUGACAUCUUAUUCAGUUACAUGUAUGAAAUGAAUAUUGUCUUACUGUGAAAAAUGUAAUGUAAUAAAGGAAAUUUGACAAAUA